UUAUCCCGAGCCAAAAGAGAAGGAAAGUCUUAGUUUUGAUGGCAUCUGAAGGGGAGAUAUUCAGCCUCUCUGGUCCAUUAUUCCUCACUUCUAUCGAUUGGAGAAAUACAGAUCAUAGGAGGUGUGUAGCAGUCAGCUUAGUGCAGAGUGUGUACGUUCUUGAACUCGACCGCCAGCAAAAUCGCCAAGGUCCUAAAGCCCUAGCUCCACCCUGGUGGGAAUUCUUCCAUUUUCGUUUAAUCCAACGCUUGAGGGACUGUGAAGACCAUUCUUACUUUGGCGCCAUUUUCGAAUACACAUUUCCAAAUUCCCAUUUGAACUACUCCUAUUACUCAACCCACACUCAGAAUCAAAAUCAAAAUAAGAAUCAGAACCAGUAUCAUCAGAAUCCACCAAAGUAUGUGUUCGCCUUUCGAGGCACAGUUGCCAAAAAAGACAGCAGAUCACAGGACUUCAAAUUGGACCUUCGAGUCAUUCGCAAUAAUCUUCACAAUAGCUCUCGCUUCUCUAUUGCCUCUCAAGUUGUAGAAAGCACUGUUAACAAUAACGCGGCCUCAGAUAUUUGGCUAGCCGGUCAUUCAUUAGGUUCUGCAAUUGCAUUAACAAUUGGAAGGGAUAUGGUAAUUGAAAGGGGCAUUCAUCUCGAAACAUAUUUGUUUAAUCAACCAUUUGUAUCUCUUCCAAUAGAGAAAAUCAAGAACGAGAAAUUGAAGCAUGGAGUCCGCUUUACUCAUAGUGUUGUCAAAGCUGGACUUGCUGUUGUCGUCAAAAUCCAGAAGCCAGAGCGUCCACAUAAAAAUGAUCAUUUUACUAUAUUAUCUGCAUGGGUUCCUUAUUUGUUUGUGAAUCCAUCAGAUCCUAUUUGCUCAGAAUAUGUUGGAUAUUUCGAACAUCGGGAAAAGAUGAUUGCGAUUGGCGCUGGGAAAAUCGAACGAAUUGCGACACAGAAUUCAAUAAGAAGUAUUAUUUCGACUGCUAUAGGAAAAGAGUCGGUACCGUCGCACCUACUACCUUCGGCUUUUGUUAGUGUUAAUUCGAGUCCUUCUCCAGAUUUUAAUCGAGCUCAUGGAAUCGACCAAUGGUGGAAACCUGAUUUGCAGUGCAACUGCAAGCUUUACCAGUGCAACCUGUGAAUUUAUAGAACCUGUGGCUUAUGUGGCACAAAGUGUACAAAGUUGGCGUGCCUAAUUAUUUAUUUACUAGUAAAUAUGGCCGCGCUUCGCGCAAUGCAUUAGUCCAUUUUUUUCCCCAGUUCUAUGCCAAAUCUCGAAAAGAUUUGCUCGUUGCUAUUUCAAUAUUUCCAUUACUGUAAG